UUUGCAUAGACACACUAUACAUCCUACCAAUAAUAUACUAUUCCAAUGUUUCCACCUCGAUUUCUCCAAAAUACAAAACCCAACUUCAAUUCAAACUUCAAAUUUCAUUUCACUUCACUUCACUUCUCUGCUCUAAACUUUCUUCUCUGCAACUCCUCGUUGCAUUUCCUUCUGUAUGAUCUCAAUUUCCUCCAUUAAACAAUGCACCCAAACUCUCUUCUUAUUCUCAUAAUUUUCUUUACAAUUUCUCCGCUUUCUUUAUCUCUUACAAGAGAUGGCUUAGCUCUAUUAGCUCUCAAAGGAGCAAUCACCACAGACCCGACUCAAAUUCUUGAUUCUUGGUCCGAUUCCGACCAAACCCCAUGUCACUGGCAUGGAAUCACUUGCAUUGACCACCGUGUUACUUCUUUGUUUCUUCCUAAUAAAAGUUUCACUGGCUACCUCCCUUCCGAACUCGGUCUUCUUGACUCGCUAACUCGCCUCACUCUCUCUCAUAACAACUUCUCUAAACUUAUUCCCUCUCGUCUCUUCAAUGCCACCUCUCUUCGCUUUCUUGAUUUGUCUCAUAACUUUUUAUCCGGUCCGAUACCGGACCAAAUCCAAUCUCUACAGCUACUGACCCAUUUGGAUUUAUCUUCGAACUCGCUAAAUGGGUCUUUACCCCAGACUCUAGUACAUCUCAAAAGCCUCUCCGGUACGUUAAACUUGUCCUACAAUGGAUUUUCCGGCGAGAUUCCGGAGUCUUAUGGGGAGUUUCCGGUGUUUGUGAGCUUAGAUUUGAGGUUUAAUAAUCUCAGUGGCAGAGUUCCUUUAGUUGGUUCUUUAGUAAAUCAAGGGCCUACUGCAUUUUCCGGUAACCCAGGUUUAUGUGGGUUUCCGGUGCAAAAUCCAUGCCCGGAAGCUAUUAAUAUUACAAGCAGUGAAAACCCAGAAAAUCCGAUCAAUGUAAACCCUAGUUUAGUACCGCAAAUUGUAGAUAAAGAGAAGGAUAAAAAUGGGUCGAUGGCGGUUCCGCUCAUUUCCGGCGUUUCGGUGGUGAUCGGCGCUGUUUCUCUGUCAGUAUGGCUGUUCCGGAAGAAAUUAGGCGGUUCAGGGGAGAAGGGCAAAAUGGGAAAAGACGAAAACAUAGGAGGAAAUAAUUAUAAUGUCAGUACUAGUGAUAUAAACGAGGAGGGGCAAAGGGGUAAAUUCGCGGUGAUGGAUGAAGGGUUUAAUUUGGAAUUAGAAGAUUUGUUGAGGGCAUCUGCUUACGUGGUGGGAAAAAGUAGGAGUGGAAUAGUGUAUAGAGUUGUAGUGGGAGGGAGAGGCUCUGGUACUGUUGCGCCCACUGCUGUUGCUGUGAGGAGACUGAAUGAAGGGGAUGCCACGUGGAAAUUUAAAGAGUUUGAAGGUGAAGUGGAGACUAUUGGGAGGGUCCACCAUCCUAAUAUCGUGCGGUUGAGAGCAUAUUAUUAUGCUAGUGAUGAAAAGUUAUUGGUCUCUGAUUACAUUCGCAAUGGGAGCUUGUAUACUGCGCUCCAUGGAGGACCUUCCAAUACUUUACCGGCAUUAUCAUGGGCAGCCAGACUCCGGGUUGCUCAAGGAACUGCGAGGGGUUUAAUGUACAUACAUGAAUGCAGCCCUCGGAAACAUGUUCAUGGCAACUUAAAAUCAACAAAAAUCCUUCUCGAUGAUGAACUCCAACCUUACAUCUCAAGUUUUGGACUGACCCGCCUGGUUUCAAAUUCGUCCAAAUUCACAACUUCUGCAUCCAAAAAACAGCAUUUGAACCAAACCAUUAUAACCUCGACAAUGGGCUCAAAAAUAUCAGCUCCCUCUAACUUGUACUUGGCUCCGGAGGCUCGAGUAUUCUGCAAUAAGUUCACUCAAAAAUGUGAUGUAUAUUCCUUUGGAAUCAUACUGAUGGAACUCUUAACUGGUCAGCUACCCGAUGAAGGACCAGAAAAUGAUGGAAAGGGACUCGAAAGUCUAGUAAGGAAGGUAUUUCGAGAAGAACGCCCUUUGUCUGAGAUUAUAGACCCAACAUUAUUAAGGGAGGUUCACGCAAAGAAGCAGGUUGUUACUGUAUUUCAUGUUGCCCUCAAUUGCACCGAGUUAGACCCGGAGUUGCGUCCUAGGAUGAGAACAGUGUCGGAGAGUCUUGAUCGCAUCAAACUGGACUGAGCUGAGAACGGUUGGUUUGUGUAAAGUUUUGUUUGCAGCUUGCAGACUUAUGUGAUGCUGAAGUUGUUUUUGCUUAGGAUCAUUAUGUUCUAAUUUUAAGUUUAGUCCUUGAGGGGACCGGAUGUAUGUGUUGUUAGGCAGGUUUAUUUGACGUAUUGUCUGUUAAUGUGUUCAUAUCGUAGCUACCAUCUCAAGUUCUCUA